CGAGGCAGGCAUGGGGGGGCGGGCGGCAGGGCAAUAAUUGUCAGGCGGGGCCGCCCACGCCAGGACGCGCUCUGCCAGGCGUGUCCGAGGAGGCACUGAAGCAUACUCGAGUCGUGGCUCUCCCGCCGGCCGUGCCAGCCCCAGUGAAGUGCCUCUGACCGCCGUGCGUCACGCCGAGCGCCGCGCCGCGCCGCAGUGCCCAGUGUCUCAGUGAGGCGGUGACAGAAAGCCAUUUUGUCGCAGCGUGAGUAGCGGCCAACCCGCGGGACCUACAGUGACGCUGCGACCCUCCCGCCAUGGGCCCCAUCAAGAGUGAGAAGUCCCUAGAGGUGCUGCCCUCGCUGCCAUACCCAGACCCUGCCCUCGCUGCUAUGGACCCGCAGAUCCAGCAGUACGGGGAGGUGAACCAGCUGGGCGGAGUCUUCGUGAACGGCCGCCCGCUGCCCAACCACAUUCGGAUGCGCAUCAUUGAACUGGCACAGCUUGGCAUCAGGCCGUGCGACAUCUCCCGCCAGCUGAGGGUCUCCCAUGGCUGCGUGUCCAAGAUACUGGCCAGGUACAACGAGACGGGGUCCAUCUUGCCGGGCGCCAUCGGGGGCUCCAAGCCGCGAGUCACCACGCCCAAGGUGGUCAGCUACAUCAAGGACCUCAAGCACAAGGACCCAGGCAUCUUCGCCUGGGAAAUACGCGAGCGGCUGCUGAAGGACGGAGUGUGUGACAAGUACAACGUGCCGAGCGUGUCCUCCAUUUCCAGGAUCCUGAGGAACAAGAUCGGGUCACUGCACCACCUAGGCGCGCAGAGCCACUACGAGGUGAAGCAUCCCGCCUCCUCGCUGUACAACACACUCUACCCCGCCGCUGCCGCUGCCUACACCGCCGCCGCCGCCGCAUACCAGUCCAUGACACCGCAGGCCGCCAUCCAGCAGGUGUCACAGACCACGCAGGCCGCUCUGCCCCCCGGUGGCAUGUCAUCAGCCAUGAGCGGCAAGACGCCCACCACGCCCUCGCCACCUGUCUCGGGCGGCACCUGCGGCAUGCGGGCGCCGUGGCCCUCUUCGCACACCGUGUCUGACCUGCUGGGCCACGUCAACAUGGCGGGCCUGCCGCGCCACCACCACAUGCAGGACGCCAACUACAACAAUUACUACAUGUACCUGCAGUCGUGCGGGCCGCAGAGCAACUCGCUGUCCCACAACCCGCUGGGGCCCAACCCGCUGUCCUCGCCACUAGCCAACGGCUUCUCCAACCCGCUCGCCAACCCGCUCUCCAACGGCCUGCCAGCGGCUCUGCCUGGCGGCCUGCAGAACGGCUUCGGCAACCACCUCAGCUCCAUGGUGGGCAGCUCAGGCCUCACGCCGCAGCCCGCCACUCUCUAACACGCCCACACCCGCCCCGCCCUACCCAACCCCACCCCGCCCAUCAUCACACAUCACACCGCGUACCAUUACUUCGUGAAUUCCUUCCUCGCUACGUGAGGAGCAGUGGGUGGGUGGCCACGCAACACACCACCACCACCACCACCACCGAUACCCUGCAGGAAGAAAGCAGCCCACAGCGUGUCUCACUCGCCGCCUCCUCUCGCCUCUCAUCUACACCUCAUCGUCUGAGAUACUGCCGCCAAGGUGGUGAGGCUGGUGAUGACCGCGAGUGAUGGUGAUGACAUUACUAUGUAGUGAUGACGGUGCUUGUCGUGAUUGGGAGGGUAUCGGUACUGUGAUGGUGGUGAUGGUGAUGGUACAGUAAUUUAUAGCCACUUGACGGUAAUUGGUGAUGUUUUCAUUCUUUAUAAUACUAUUACUACUACGAAAGACACUCCUUGUGAAGAUAAGCGAUGGUGUAACUCGUGUCGUUAAGAGACAACAGUACUGCGUGAAUGACCGAGAGAAUGGCGACGGAGGAAGUGAGGAGCUAUUAUAGUUUGUGUGUUUCCAGUGUUCUCUCUCUCUCUCUUAUCUCUCUCUCUCUCUCUCUCUCUCUCUCUCUCUCUCUCUCUCUCUCUCUCUCUCUCUGUGUGUGUGUGUGUGUGUGUGUGUGUGUGUGUGUGUGUACACCAUUAUCUCUAUCAUCAAUUUCUAAACUGUUCAAUUCCUGUGUGUGUGUGUGUGUGUGUGUGUGUGUCUGUUAUCACGUGCUGGACUCGUGUCAGAGAGAGAGAGAGAGAGAGAGAGAGAGAGAGAGAGAGAGAAAAUGAAUCUAACUAUGCACCAAUCACCACCACUACUUCCCUCGUCACAAUUACCACCACUAUACUUCCUCCUCCUCCUCCUCCUCCUCCUCCUCCUCGGUGCGGUAGUGACGGUGGUGGUUACAGUGACUCAAGGUGGCUCCCCGAAAUACCCUAGACUCAAAUUCAGGACAUUUUUUGUACGUAAUGACCUGAAAUGACCUCUUUUAUCCAAGUCCCAUUCGUGUGCCUUUGAAAUACACAGGGUCUGUAUUAAGUGUGUGUGUGUGUGUGUGUGUGUGUGUGUGUGUGUGUGUGUGUGUGUGUGUGUGUGUAUGAAAGACGGGCGGCCCAGCGACUUAUAUAUAUAUAGUAUAAGAGAAAGGUAUGUAUGUGUGUGUGUGUGUGUGUGUGUGUGUGUGUGUGUGUGUGUGUGUGUGUGUGUGUGUAUACAGGUGUAAGGUGUAUAUACGGGAAGCAGCUCUGGGUGUAGGUAUAAGGAAGGUGUAUUCUUGUAUUUUUUGGUUCUUAAGUAGUGUAUUAUUGUAUGUUUUUUUUUUUUGUUAUCGUUAUCAUUUUCAUUUUAUACCUGGCAGGAAUCUGGGACAAUUUUGAUCUUCUAGGACAAAUGCUACCUGUAAUAACUCAUUAAUCUACCUGUAUGUGUUUGAUUUUACCUGUAAUCUACCUACUCUACCUGUAUGCCGCGUUAUCAGGAAUCCACGCACCUCUUGUUCAGUCGCGAAAUGUUGUGUCCUUGUUCACUUCCUGUGUGUGUGUGUCAUGUUUGUAUGUAUAUAAAUUUUCUCUCUCCAUUUUUUCCAUCUUUAAUUUAAUCUUUUAUUCAGGUAUAUGUUAAUUAAAGUUGUUGUUUUGUCGGAAAUGUUCGUCGGUGGUUGGAUGGUUAUGUCAUUCUCUCUCUCUCUCUCUCUCUCUCUCUCUCUCUCUCUCUCUCUCUCUCUCUGUAAGCUUCUUAAGGGUCUUUGUAACACUAGACAAGUAAUGUAAGACGAUGUAUCAUAAUAAAUUUGGUAACACA